AUGCAAGUCUAAUACGGGGCAGUACCAAAUCCUCAAGCAUUGGGAAAUGCAAUCGGAAAUGCUAUCGCUGGAUAAUUGCAAUAAUAUGGGGCUUAGUUUUUCACUGCAGAUGUAAAGAGAGUAACUAAUAUUAGCCGUUUGCCGGGGUAAAUUACAUGUUAAUCGAUUAAAAACCAGAGUAAAUCAUCGAUCUUAAUUUUAGUUGCAUUGAAUGCAUAUGUCCUUGCGUUGGGGAAAAGAAGAAUAGUUAUUAGAUUUCAGUGUCUGAAUAAACGGGACUCCUUGCUCAAUAGUAACUUGGGAUAAUUAAGGAGGAAUCCGAAUGUGCUUAAAGAUUCUUUUGUCAAUGUUGGAGAGCUUUGGAUCUAUUAUUUAUUAACAAUUAGAAUCAAAUCUUAUUCAAGGCCCAACGUAAGGCAACUUACUUAUUUUAGGAAUAUACAAAGUUCCUUCAGUCUUAUGUUUGCCAUGUGAGAGGCCAGAGAUGGUGGUGUCUCGGGACUCUGAAGUGAUAGGCUACCUCAAAUAACCGUUCAUGUGUUGCGGUAGAUCAGAGUAAUUAAUGAAAUGUAUAUCAAGAUGUCCAUUGCCAAUUCUCGAAGAAAUUGAUAUUUGUGAUCCUUCUGGCAAUACAAGGUAUUUCAUUUCUGGAGAGUUUGUUCAAUGCGGUUGUGUUACAAGGAUGUGUGCCAUACCAAGAUGUAUGGGUCCUUGUUAAUACAUUGACUAUGACAUUUACAACCCAAUGAAGUAGAAAGUCGGAAGAAUUAGAAAUAUUUUUAAUGGCUGUGCUUUAGAAUAUUGCAGCAAGGCUGAUAAAUUUUUGGUAGAAUUCCCACCUCAAUGCACUUCUCAAGACAAAUGCCUAAUUCUUUUUGCUGCUAUCACAAUUGAUUACGAUAACUUUGAAUAUACAUUUUGCAAUUUGCCUUGA